AUGGGAACAAUCAACAACAAUCCUUCAUUCUUAAACGUCUAUGAGAAGAUGAAAAAUUAUACCCAACCCGACACCCUGUGUCACACAUUCAACCUUCUCUCUAACCUUCACAAGUUGCUUCCGAAUCACUUGGUGGAAGUGCUUCAUUCCUAUAGAAGUGAAAGUGACAAAAUCAAAUGUGAGAAUUCUGAAUUAUCUGGCAUGGAAAAGAUCCUAGCAAGACAUAUGUUGCCAAGGGAGGUUAGUCUAUCUCCGAAGCCAAGCAAAAUGUCCUCGUGGAAAAGAAAAAUUAUCAACAAUAUCAGUGGCAACUGGAAGAAAUGCCAUAUGUGGAAGAAAAACAUAUAUGAACCACCCAUGUGCACGGUCAUUGCCAGGUGGGCGAAAAAGAACAUGCAACCUGCAGAGGACCUCAAGUCGGGGAUCCAAAGACUGUCCGUACUAGGCCCAAUUGUCUCAGUCACUCCUUGUGGGUACCAAAGUGCUGUCGUGGUGUUCAAAGACACGACCUCAGCUUGCAAGGCUGUGAGUGCUUUUCCGACCAUGUCCGCAGGCACUAUGUUCCAGUGCUCAUGGCAGCAUCGUUUCAUGUCAAAAAAUAAACUUUGGUCAAGAAAACACCCUUCAAGAAUAUAA